AUGGUGGGCACCAAGCUCGCGCUCCUCCUCAUGCUCACCGCUGGCGGUGCGCUGGGUAAAGCUUCCAACAUGCAGCGGCUGGACCGUGCGUCGCUCGUGCGUCGCGACAACAACGACCGCACGCCCGGCGGUACCCCCUUUGGACCCGGUGGUGCGGGUAGCCAGGCUGGCAACAACGACCGUGCUCCCGGUGGCACGCCCUUCGGUCCCGGAGGCUCGGGUGCCGGCGGACCUCCUAUGCAGGCCUCGCUUGCUGCUGCGGCUCCCGGUGGUCAGAAGCACUGGGCGACGGAUGCGUCGGGCAUGAAGGGUGACGAGCUGGUCAAGAACCUCCCCGAGGGCUUCUUUGUCGGUUCGGCCAUCGACAACCCGGACCUCAAGGACCCCCUCGCAGCUCCUCUGCUCAAGUACAUGCCCUACGUUACGCCCGGUAACUCGCUCAAGAUGCAGUUCGUCUAUGAAAACGAAAAUUCCUGGACCGAGCUUCUCACUGCGGCCGACAAGGCCAACGGCAAGGGUGCGCUCAAGUGGAAGUACCACACGCUCAUCUGGGGCGCCGAGACGAGCCAAAAGAUGAUGCAGCAGAGCUUCAGCAAGGAGGCCAUGAUGAAGACCAUCACCGACUUUGUCACCAACAAGCUGUGCGCCAAGAUCGUCAAGGAGACCGACUUUUGGGGCAUCGAUGUGCUCAACGAGGUCUUCCGUGACGAUGGCCAAGGAUUCAAGAACAACGGCUACUUUGAGGUGAUUGGAGAGGAGGGUUACAUGGAGGUGCUCAAGCUCGUCAAGAAGCAGUGUCCUAACCAGAAGCUCAUCGUCAACGAGUAUGGUAUGGAAAAUGACAACCCCAAGUCGGCCUUUGCGUUCAAGACCAUCAAGAAGUGGCUUGCCCAGGGCGUUCCUGUGGAUGUGGUGGGCUUACAGUUCCAUAUCGGUCCGGAUAACAAGUACGAGGACAUGUACAAUGCCAUCCACCGCUGGACCUCGCAGGAUAUUCCUGUGGUGCUGUCCGAGAUCGACGUGCCCAUCAACCUUCCUCCCUCGCAGCAGGAUCUCGAAAAGCAGGCCCAGACGUACGGAAACCUCAUGCAGGCCGCUCUCGAGGGUGGCGCGUUCGGCGCGACCUUCUGGGGCAUGAUGGACUCGCACACCUGGUUCGGCACCCAGCAGGACCCCGGUGUGGGCAAGGGCAAGGUCGGCGCUCCCCUCCUGUUUGAUGCCCAGGGCAAGCCCAAGCCCGCUUUCGCGGCGAUUGUGGAUGUCUUCAAGAAGUGGGGCAAGAAGCAGGCGGGUAUCGCCAACGGUAGGGCUUCCGAUCUUGGCCACGGCUCCAAGGGCGGCGAUGAUGCCAAGUCUGGCCCUGGUUCUGACGAGUCGUACGGUGCUGGUGCUGGCUCGAAUGCUGGUGGCGAUGCCGGUGCUGGUGCUGGUGCUGGUGCUCCCGGUGCUGGUGCUGGUGCUGGUGCUGGUGCCGGUGCCGGUGCUAGCGGCCCUGGUUCUCACGAGUCGUACGGUGCGAACGCUGGUGCCGGUGCUGGUGCUGGUUCGGGUGCUGGCGGUGCUGGCUCUGGUGACAUCGACAUGGGCCCUCCUGACCUUGGCGCUGCUCCUCGCACUCCUGGUGCUGGUGGUGCCGGUGCUGCUCCUGGCGCUAACGGCUCUGGCGCUCCCGGUGCCGGCUCUCCUGACGCUCCUGGCUCUGACGCUCCUGGUGCUAACGGCUCUGGUGCUCCUGGUGCCCCUGGUGCUGGCGCUCCUGGCUCCGAUGGCUCCAACGCACCCGGUGGCGGCGCCUACGGCUCUUACGGUGCCAACUCGGACGCCGACGCUCCCGGCACCCAGCCCGGCGCACCCGGCGCCCCCGCCGCCAAGCACCACGGCCACCACGGUCACCACGGCCACCACCACGGCCACCACGGCAACAACGAGCAGCCGCAGCCCGAGCACUACCGCCGCUCGCUCGCGCGUCCCCUCUAA